AUGUUUUCAGAGGGUAAUCUGGCUGUCACUUGCUGGUUAUGGAGGAGCAUGAGGAAGCUAUUUCUAUUACUUUCUCUCUUGCUGUCCCAUGCAGCUCAUUUGGAAGGCAAAAAGGAUAAUCAAUUCAUCUGGAAAACAGGCCCCUGGGGAAGGUGUAUGGGCGACUGUGGACCGGGAGGAGUGCAGAGUCGUGCCCUGUGGUGUUUCCACUUGGAAGGGUGGACGAGUCACCUAUCUAACUGCGUCGAGAACACCAGGCCUCCAAAGGAAAGAAGCUGCUUCCGGGUGUGUGACUGGCACAGCGACGUCUUCCAGUGGGAGGUCUCCGACUGGCACCAGUGCGUGCUCGUUCCCGCCAGCCCCGGCCAAGCGCAGCCUCGGACCGCGGAGUGUGUGACGGCGCAGCAUGGGCUGCAGCACCGGACCGUGCGCUGUGUUCAGAAGUUGAACAGAACCAGGGUUGUAAAUGAAAUCUGUGAACACUUUGCUCCUCAGCCCCCCGCAGAACAAGCUUGCCUCAUUCCCUGCCCCCGGGACUGUGUCGUAUCUGAGUUCUCACAGUGGUCCGAGUGCAGCAAGGGCUGUGAGAAGCAAUUGCAGCACAGGACCCGGGCGGCCAUCGCUCCCCCUCUCUAUGGCGGGUCUCCGUGUCCCAAUCUGACGGAGUCGAGAGCCUGUGACACUCCCAUUUCCUGUCCUCUUGGUGAAGAGGAAUAUACUUUUAGCUUUAAAGCAGGACCAUGGAGUAAAUGUAGACUGCCUCAUCUUAAAGAAAUUAACCUAAGCGGAAGAACUGUUCUGGAUUUCAGCUCUGAUUCAAAGGAGCGAGUCACCUUUCGACAUCAAAGUUACAAGCCACAUCACCUCUCCAAGCCCUGGGACUUAGAGAUAGGUUAUCAAACCCGGCAGGUCUGGUGCACCAGAAGUGACGGAAAAAAUGCUUCCUUAAGCCUUUGCAUGCAAGACUCCUUCCCUUUGACUGUCCAGUCCUGCAUCAUGCCAAAAGACUGUGAAACCAGUGAGUGGUCCUCCUGGAGCCCCUGCUCCAAGACGUGUCGUUCAGGGAGUCUCUCACCUGGAUUUAGGAGCCGGAGCCGGAAUGUGAAGCACGUUGCUAUUGGGGGUGGAAAGGAAUGCCCUGAACUUCUUGAGAAAGAGGCCUGCAUUGUUGAAGAUCUCUUGCAGCCAUGCCCCAGGUAUUCCUGGAGGACCUCUGAAUGGAAAGAAUGCCAAGUCUCUCUUCUCCUCGAGCAGCAGGACCCCCACUGGCAUGUGACAGGACCCGUUUGUGGAGGUGGGAUCCAGACCCGGGACGUAUACUGUGCCCAGAGCACCCCAGCAUCCACCGCACAGAAGGCCAAGGAAGUCUCUAGACCUGUGAAAAAGACAUUAUGUUUGGGACCUGCCCCUUCAGCUUCUCAGCUCUGCAAUAUCCCUUGCUCUACGGACUGUAUAGUAUCUUCCUGGUCAGCCUGGGGCCUGUGCAUCCAUGAAAACUGCCGUGAUCCUCAGGGGAGAAAAGGGUUUAGACUGAGAAGGCGCCAUGUUCUCAUGGAAUCCACAGGGCCGGCAGGCCACUGCCCUCAUUUGGUGGAGUCUGUUCCUUGUGAGGAUCCAAUGUGUUACCGAUGGCUGGCGUCUGAAGGGAUCUGUAUCCCUGAUCAUGGAAAAUGUGGCCUGGGGCAUCGCAUCCUGAAGGCCAUCUGUCAGAAUGACCGAGGAGAAGAUGUAUCAGGGAGUCUCUGCCCAGCAUCCCCACCUCCGGAAAGGAUGCCUUGUGAAAUUCCCUGCCGAAUGGAUUGUGUGCUGAGUGAGUGGACAGAGUGGUCAUCCUGUUCCCAGUCUUGUUCAAAUAAAAAUUCAGAUGGGAAACAGACCAGGUCAAGGACUAUCCUGGCAUUGGCUGGAGAAGGUGGAAAACUGUGUCCCCCUAGUCAGGCCCUCCAAGAAUAUCGUUCAUGCAAUGACCAUUCCUGUAUGCAGCUCUACUGGGAGACAUUGCCCUGGGGCCCCUGUUCUGAAGACACGUUGGUAACUGCCCUUAAUGCCACCAUUGGCUGGACUGGAGAAGCUACCUGUGGUGUGGGCAUUCAGACACGGAGGGUCUUCUGUGUCAAGAGUCACGUGGGACAAGUGAUGACCAAAAGAUGUCCAGAUUCGACUCGGCCUGAAACAGUGCGUCCUUGCCUUCUCCCGUGCAAAAAAGACUGCAUUGUGACAGCUUUCAGUGAGUGGACGCCCUGCCCGAGGUCCUGCCAACCAGGAAAUGCCACAGUAAAACAGUCUCGAUACAGGAUUAUCAUCCAGGAAGCAGCCAACGGAGGCCAAGAAUGCCCAGAUACCUUAUUUGAAGAGCGAGAGUGUGAAGAUAUUUCAUUGUGCCCCAUAUAUCGAUGGAAACCACAGAAAUGGAGCCCUUGUAUCUUGGUGCCAGAGCCUGUCAGGCAGGGGAUAAUGGGCAGCAGUGAAGGCUGUGGAAAAGGAGUACAAACAAGAGUGGUCUCCUGUGUCUCUGAUGAUAACCAGUCAGCAGAAAUGAUAGAAUGCCUCAAGCAGACAAAUGGCAUGCCUCCCCUUGUACAAGAAUGCACAGUCCCGUGUCGAGAUGACUGCACCUUCACAGUUUGGUCCAAGUUUACACCCUGCUCCACAAACUGUGAAACAACCCGAAGUCGACGGCGACAGCUCACAGGGAAAAGCAGGAAGAAAGAGAAAUGCCAGGACUCUGACCUGUACCCUCUCAUAGAAACAGAACUAUGCCCUUGUGAUGUAUUUAUAUCUCAACCUUAUGGCAACUGGUCAGAUUGCAUUCUUCCAGAAGGCAGAAGGGAGCCUCAACGAGGAUAUCGGGUACAAGGAGACAGCAAGGAAUGUGGAAAAGGCAUGCGCUUUCGAGCAAUAGCCUGCUCUGAUAAAAAUGGAAGACCUGUUAACCCUUCCUACUGCAGCAGUUCUGGUUAUAUUCAAGAAGAAUGUGUCAUCCCAUGCCCAUUUGAUUGCAAGUUAAGUGACUGGUCUAGUUGGGGGUCUUGCAGCUCGUCUUGUGGAAUUGGAGUGCGAAUUCGGUCCAAAUGGCUAAAAGAAAAACCUUACAAUGGAGGUCGCCCAUGUCCCAGACUGGAUCUCAAGAAUCAGGUGCAUGAGGCAGUCCCAUGCUACAGUGAAUGCAAUCAGUAUUCCUGGAUUGUAGAACACUGGUCUCCAUGCAAAAUUCACAAUGAGCUGAGGUCUCUGCGCUGCGGAGGAGGAAUGCAAUCUAGGAAAAUCAGAUGUGUGAAUGCUGCUGAUAGUGAAGGGGAAGCCGUGGAUAACAGCCUGUGCAGCCAGGAUGAAAUUCCCCCAGAAACCCAGUCAUGCUCUCUUCUGUGUCCCAGUGAAUGUGUCAUGUCCGAGUGGGGGCCUUGGAGCAAAUGCCCACAGUCAUGUGAUCCCCACUCAAUGCAGAGAAGAACCCGCCAUCUGCUGAGACCCUCACUGAAUUCAAGGACAUGUGCUGAAGAUUCACAGGUGCGGCCUUGCCUCCUCAAUGAAAAUUGCUUCCAGUUCCAGUACAAUCUAACAGAUUGGAGCACGUGCCAGCUAAGUGAAAAUGCCACCUGCGGACGAGGUGUCAGGACCCGCCUUCUGAGCUGUGUGCGCAGUGAUGGCAAGUCGGUCAGUGUGGACCAGUGUGAGCAGCGUAACUUGGAGAAGCCCCAGAGAAUGAGCAUUCACUGCCUGGUGGAAUGUGUGGUCAACUGUCAGCUCUCAGGGUGGACAGCUUGGACAGAAUGUUCAAAGACUUGUGGCCAUGGAGGUCGAAUGAGCCGGACUCGAUUUAUCAUUAUGCCAACCCAAGGAGAAGGACGACCGUGUCCCACAGAGCUGACCCAGCAGAAAACCUGCCCAGUGACACCCUGUUACAGCUGGGUCCUCGGCAACUGGUCCGCAUGUAAAUUGGAGGGUGGAGACUGUGGGGAAGGAGUCCAGAUCCGCAGCCUGUCCUGCGUGGUCCACAAUGGUUCAGUCUCUCACUCGGCUGUAAGUGUAGAUGAUGCUCUGUGUGGAGAAAUGCCUUUUCAAGACAGCAUCCUGAAACAGCCAUGUUCUGUGCCUUGCCCAGGAGACUGCCACUUAAUGGAAUGGUCAGAAUGGAGCACAUGUGAAUUAACCUGCGUCAAUGGAAGAAGCUUCGAGACAAUGGGCCGCCAGUCUAGGUCAAGGACAUUUAUAGUCCAGUCUUUUGAGAACCAAGACAGCUGCCCUCAGCAGGUUCUAGAAACACGCCCUUGUGCAGGAGGCAAAUGUUAUCACUACACAUGGAAAGCAAGUCUUUGGAACAAUAAUGAACGAACUGUAUGGUGCCAACGUUCAGAUGGCAUUAAUGUCACAGGAGGCUGCUCCCCUCAGGCACGUCCUGCUGCGGUCCGGCAGUGUAAUCCAGCCUGCAAAAAACCUUUCUCCUACUGUACACAGGGUGGAGUCUGUGGCUGUGAGAAGGGUUAUACAGAGAUCAUGAGAUCCAAUGGUUUCCUGGAUUACUGCAUGAAAGUACCCGGCUCUGAGGAUAAAAAAGCUGAUGUGAAGAACCUUGCAGGGAAAAACAGACCGGUGAAUUCAAAGAUACGUGACAUUUUUAAAGGAUGUAACAUGGACCACAUACCUCUACACUGGGGAUUUAAAAGUUCUGGAUCCUCCAAAUACUUCAGCUCUGUGAGGUUUAGCAGUAAAAAGAUGAAAGAUGGCCGCGUAAAAAUAUGGGUUUAUGGCGUUUCAGGUGGAGGUUUUCUUAUCAUGAUUUUCCUAGUAUUUACUUCCUACCUUCUUUGCAAGAAACCAAAACCACAUCAAAGCACACCUCCCCAACAGAAGCCUCUGACCUUAGCCUACGAUGGAGACUUAGACAUGUAA